AUGGUUGAUCAGGUUCAUCACCCCACCGUCAUACAAAAGGUCGCUGGCCAAUUCCAUCUCCAAUCUGGUCUUUCUGCUGAUAUUAAAAGUCAUGAUAACAGUUUCAGUCGACCUGCUCUUUACCAAAGACGAUCAUUUGGGAAUUACUCAAAUGCUGCACUUCAGUAUCCAUCAAUGCCAGCAUGUAGACCAGCAACUGAAAUCUCCUCUAUUUCUGCGACAACAGGCUCACCUAUCUUUGUUGCUGCUCCAGCUGAGAAAGGAAAUUUCGUUGUGGACUUUCUUAUGGGUGGAGUUUCCGCUGCUGUAUCAAAAACUGCUGCUGCUCCCAUUGAACGUGUCAAACUUCUGAUACAGAAUCAAGAUGAGAUGAUUAAAGCCGGUAGGCUCUCUGAGCCCUAUAAGGGUAUUGGGGAUUGUUUUAACCGAACAAUUCAAUCUGAAGGUGUUGCUUCCCUAUGGAGAGGUAACACUGCCAAUGUCAUCCGUUAUUUCCCCACACAGGCCUUGAACUUUGCUUUCAAGGACUACUUCAAGAGACUUUUCAAUUUCAGGAAGGACAAGGAUGGUUACUGGAAAUGGUUUGCAGGCAACUUGGCCUCUGGAGGAGCUGCUGGUGCUUCAUCUCUAUUGUUUGUUUACUCCCUCGACUAUGCUCGAACCCGUCUGGCAAAUGAUGCAAAGGCAGCUAAGAAGGGUGGAGGAGAAAGGCAAUUCAAUGGACUUGUUGAUGUCUACAAGAAGACCUUAGCUUCUGAUGGUGUUGCUGGCCUUUACCGUGGCUUCAACAUCUCAUGUGUGGGAAUCAUUGUGUAUCGUGGUCUUUAUUUUGGAAUGUACGAUUCUCUGAAGCCAGUUCUCUUGACUGGAAAGUUACAGGAUAGCUUCUUUGCUAGCUUUGCACUGGGAUGGCUCAUCACCAAUGGUGCAGGGCUAGCAUCAUACCCCAUUGAUACUGUUAGGAGAAGGAUGAUGAUGACCUCUGGUGAAGCAGUCAAGUACAAGAGUUCCAUGGAUGCAUUUGCUCAGAUUCUUAAGAAUGAGGGAGCUAAGUCCUUGUUCAAGGGAGCUGGGGCUAACAUCCUCCGUGCCGUCGCCGGAGCCGGUGUGCUUGCCGGCUAUGACAAGCUACAGGUAUUAGUGUUCGGGAAGAAGUAUGGAUCCGGUGGUGCUUAA